AUGAUAUCAACAGAAUCAUCUGGAGCAGAUACUUCACAGCAGAAGCACUGUGAAGAUGAAUCUUCAGUGAGAAAUAAUAAUGUUAAUAAUCAAAACAGUAUACCAGCUAAAAAGAACGAUCAUCUACAUCAAGGUUCCAAUGGCAUGUUUACAAUGAACGAAUACAAAACCUUAGCAAUUAUUUGCGAUACAAUAUUUUCAGAUGACUCACAAGAAUUCGAACAGAGCGUUCAGGGUGAAACUGACAACCCAAAGCAUUUAAAUUCACUUAAAGAUUAUUUUAAAAGAAAAUCAUCUGAUUUAGAUUUAGCGGGUGAAUUUUUAAAAUUACUUUCAAAGACAAGAUCAUCAACACAAAUUAGUGAUUUCAAGACUUUAUUAUACUUAUUUUCAGCAAAAGGUGCGGGUUUUAUAUUGACAGGUUCACUAAAUAAUUUUACAGGUUUAAACUUAAAGACUAGACAAUCUAUAUUAUCAAUGAUGAAAACCUCAAACAAUCCAAUUCGAAGACAAGCCUAUAAAGCAAUUGUGCCAUUGGCUAUUAGUUUGUUUUAUACAAUAAUUCCACCAAGCAAUGAUGGCAAUCCAAAUUGGGAUGCAGUGAACUAUAUUGGACCAACCUCUGCAGAGCAAAUACCAGGCGAAGAAAAGUUAUCAUUUAUAAAAAUUACAAGCGAAACUUCAUUGAAAGCUGAUGUCGUUGUAAUUGGUAGUGGUGCCGGUGGUGGUGUAACAGCUGCUCUUUUAUCUCAAGCUGGUUAUAAGGUUAUCGUUAUGGAGAAGGGUAGUUAUGUAUCAUCAAACAAUAUGACGUGGAAAGAAGGUGAAGCUUUCCCAUUAAUGUACGAACAAGCAGGAACUCUUACUUCAGAUGAUCUUAGUGUCAAUAUUUUAGCUGGCAGCUGCUUGGGUGGUGGAACAACUGUUAAUUGGACCGCCUCAAUUAGAACACCCGAGCCAAUUUUAGAAGAGUGGAGGAAACAAUGCCCAAAUACAUUUAGCUCUGCUAAAUUUAAUCAAGCAAUGGAUAGUGUAUCUGAAAGACUAUCAGUCACUACAAACUAUAGCACCGGUCAUCACAACAAAAACAAUUUAAUUUUAGAACAGGCACUUCUUGAUUUACAAGAUGAGCCUGCACCAAUCCCAAGAAAUGUUAAAAAUUGUGACACUACACAAUGUGGAAGUUGCUCAAUGGGUUGUCGUUCAAAGUCUAAACAAUCAUCGAUGGUAACCUAUUUAGAAGAUUGUUGCUCUAAUGGUGGUCAAAUUAUUACAAACUGUCAAGCCGAACAAAUUACCUAUACUGAUUCUCCACAAGGUCAAACUGUUCAUGGUGUUAUAGGUUUUGUUACUACACCUGAUGGUGUAAAGUUUAGAGUAUUCAUCAAAACCCAUAUUGUCGUCUGUGCAGCAGGCGCUAUUCACACACCAGCAUUGCUUUUAAAGAGUUCUAUAAAAAAUUCAAAUAUUGGUAAUAAUUUAUACCUUCACCCAGCUAUACCAGUCAUUGCAGGACAUGAUGAAAUCAUCGAUCUUUAUAAAGGCCCUCCAAUGACAAUUAUAGGUAGAAAAUUUCAAAAAAUAAAUCCAACCAACAAUAAACUUGGUGGAGCAAUAAUAGAGUGUCCAAAUGCACAUUUAGGUGUAGCAUCGUCAGUAUGUUCAUUCUUUUGGGAUAAAUCAUUUUCAUUUAAGAAGGAGUUGCUAGAUAUCAAUAAAUUCAGUUCAUUCAUUACAAUUCUUAGGGAUACAACACCUGGUAAAAUUCGAUUAGAUAAAGAUGGAAGAACACCAAAAAUUAUUUAUAAACUAUCAAAUCAAGAUUGGAAGAGUUCAAUGAUCGCUGCAGAGGCUUCAUUCCGUUCAUUAAUGAAAAUGGGUGCUAAAAAAGCUGCAAUUCCCGUGAAUGGUUUGGAACCAUGCACAUCAAUUGACCAAAUAGAAUCAUAUAUUAAAUCACUCAGAUCAAUUGGUUAUAAACCAAACCAAGCUAUCGUAUUAAGUGCCCACCAAAUGGGUUCUUGCAGAAUGGGUUCAAAUCGUUCAAACUCUGUUGUAAACGAAAAUGGUGAAUCGUGGGAUGUAAAAAGAUUAUUUAUAGCAGACGGAUCUGUUCUUCCCUCAUCUGUUGGUAUUAACCCAAUGAUAACUAUUUAUUCAGUAUCUCAUAUUAUUGCAAAUCAAAUUAUUCAACUAUAUCCACCAACAAAUAUUAAUAUAACUUAUGAAAGAGAAAAUUAA